AUGUGCGGCGUGUACCAAGGACCCCCAAGCAACCAUCCCCCGCCGAAUUCACUUUUGGCUCAUCCGGUAGCGCUCCAAGCAGAAAUAAACAACAGCAGAGCACCAGUAGCUCCAAUGGACCUUGUCCCCGACAGUGACUCGUCGGCAGAAAAGCCGCACAGGACGAGGGCUUGGCAUCCGCGUGGUGCAAUGUCUCUUCAAGAGGCACCCGAACUAGCCUUCCAUCGCUUGAUUCGUAUGGGUAACUCGGUUCCAGCUCCUCCACAUCAGCAACCGGCAGCACAAGAGGCGCCGAGCAGAAAGAAGAGAAGUGCUCUCUAUGAUCCCGUUAGGGACAUAGUCUUGCCGGCGCCUGAAUCUUCGCCUGUCGCCGCCGAGCCCGUCCAGGGCCACACUUUGUCUGACGAUGGCAACAUCGAGACGACAAUGGGGACGACACCUAGUCCCACUCUCAGCGAGCCGGGCUUCCGCAACAUCGCCGGCAACAACACUCAAUUUGCGGACCCGAAUGCCCAGGUCGAAAUCGACCUGAACACUGCUUUAACAAUAAGGCUUUCGGAUUUCCGCAGACCUUUAGCCUCUGCCUUUCCUCGAACCUCGGUAACUGCUGUCAAACCAAACCAGUACCAGAACCGUGGCCAGGAGAAAGUUCCCCUCCCACAAACACCACCAUCCCAACCCGCAACCCAAGCCUCACCGCCAGAUGCACCAAAGACGUCGCCCAUCCCCCAAAGGGCCACCAGGCUGAACGUGCCAGCCACGUACAACGAUAUGAUUGCGCAGGAGACACUGCUGCACCAAUCCAACCCCGAACUGCACGAACAGGUGCGUGAAGCGGCUUCGUACGGCUUCACCACCACGUUACAGCCAGGAAAUAAACGCUCCAGCGAUGCGGCGUUGUCUCCGCCAUCAGAAGGGCAAGAGCCGCCAAUAAAGAAACUCCACAACAGAGGCGGCGCCCGUCCUGGUGCGGGGAGACCAGCGACUAAGAUGUUGAGGCAGCUGGCUAGUGGGACUGCUCCGCAACCGCUCAGGGCUGGUAGUCUUUGGGAUAGGCCGACGUCCGCUUUUGGUGCAAGUGGUAGUGGUUCUAGGUCUGGGCGUGCUUCUGUUGCUGGUGCUGGAUCUCUCUCAGGCUCCUACUCUGCUUUUACCUUUGCCCCUUCCGCGGACCCUCACAAUCAACCUCCCAAUUUCCCUCCAGCAUCUGCCGGCCCCAGUGGCCUAAUUGGCACGUCCCCCAGCAAAGGUAAGAAGCGCAAGGCGGAUGAGGCGGGCGUUCUGUCUUUGGAUGAGAACCUUCCUGCUCCUGUGUCUUCUUCUUCUGUGGCUGCUUCUGUGCUUGAAGUUUUGAAAGGGGAGCCACCGCGGUUGCCGCUUGCUGCCCUGGAUAUAGAAAAGGGUGGGGAUGCAGGGGGUGGAAAGGGGCAUGAUACCUCUAGCGAUGACAAGAAGGAGGAGGAGAGAAAGGAGGAAGUAGUGGAGCAUAAGGUUGCCGGGGAGGAGACAAAGAGUUGUGAAAAACCUGAGGAGGAAAACACUCCAUGGCUGCAGUGGGAGAACCUGCGCGGAGGAAAAGGGGAAGGUUUGCGCUCGGAAUCCGCAUCACCAAAGAGCAAGGCAGAGGAAACCAGAGGAGCCCAGGAACCAGAGUGUAGAACGCAAGCAGAGGGAGACGAGAAGAGACAGGCGACAGCGAAAGGGACAGAAAAGGGAAAUGGAAAGAGGAAGGCCGAAGCCAUUACCCCAGUGGCAGAGCCCGCGGCAGAGGAACCGGCGAAAGAUGAACCACCAGCAAAGCGGGCUAAGACAGCGGCCAUGUCCAGCUCCGCGGUCUCCGAGGCGUCGGUAAGGCGCAGCGCAAGGCCCCGAAAGCCGACUGCUAAGGUCAGGGACAAUAUGAUCCAAUAGAUUGCCAGAGGACAAUGGGUGUUGGACAACUGGGCCAAGACGGUCAGCAAGAACAAGAACGUCAAGAUUCUCUUGGGAGUGUCGGGCAGCCCGGCAGCUGCAGGUACCGGGUAUGUGGCUGGAAGCCAACUGGCCAACGUCAUCAAGUACUCCCAGACAUUCUUGAGCUUUGGCGGCGUUAUGAUGUGGG